CCGCCCCGCGGCGCGUGCGUGGAAGGCUCAUCCCGUGUCGGCGCGCAGGGGGACGGCGUCAGAUAUUGGCAAUGGUGUUGGCGACUCUGGUCCGCAUCGUCAAGGUCCAGCUGCCCGCCUACCUCAAGCGCCUGCCGCUGCCCGAGAGCAUCGGCGGCUUCAUCCGCCUCACAGUUUCAGAAUGGCUGCGGUUACUGCCCUUCCUGGGCGUGCUGGCCUUGCUCGCUUACCUUGCUGUUCGUCCCUUCCUCCCUAAGAAGAAACAGCAGAAGGAUAGCUUGAUUAACCUCAAGAUACAGAAGGAAAAUCCCAAAGUAGUGAAUGAGAUAAACAUUGAAGAUCUAUGCCUCACUAAAGCUUACUGCAGGUGUUGGCGUUCAAAGACGUUCCCUGUCUGUGAUGGCUCCCACAACAAGCACAAUGAAUUAACAGGAGAUAAUGUAGGUCCACUAAUACUCAAGAAGAAAGAAGUAUAGCAGAUGCUAAUCGAGAUCAUGACUGAUAAAAAGUCUUUUAUACUGUUGUAGUUGCAAGGGACAGAGUUUUACUAUGUGAUUGGUAUGAUUUAGUUUCAUGAUUGCUGUAGAUUUCUUUUUGGAAUAAACUGCAUUUAGACAGUGAUGAAUUUGUCACUGUUUUGGUACCUUAUUCUGAGAAGAAUUGUGCCUGCUUUGUAAAACUGUAAAGUACCUAUCUCUGUAAAUAAGUCGUUUAUUUCAAGAAUAAAUUGACUUUCUACAACUAUGCCUUUUUUGUAUAAACAUACAAUUAUAAAACUAUUGCUAUUUCAAGUGA